CAAAAACACAAUUAACCUCCGCGCCAUCUUCACCGCUCCAUUCCAGCAGUGCACAUUCUUCAGUUCGAAGACCGAGCGCAGCGGCCGGCAAUCGAUCAUAAUGGACCUCCUCAGAUUAGAGCAGCAGCGGCAAACACUGGAAGACAACCUCCAGAAGCUGCGCCAGUCUCUCAAGCACUGGCAAAUCUGGGAAGCCGAAUACGAAGGCUUGAAGGAGGAGAUUCAGACCGCGGGCGCCGAACCAUCUGUUUCACAACUCGAGGAACUGGCCAAGUCGUAUAAUGGCGAGCUGGUCACGGAAAAGGAAAUUCGUGAAAUUGUCCGACUUGAGACGGGCUCCGAUCCGAGGUCUGCGCAGCAAAUCAUCGGCCUCAUCGAGCGACGGCAGGAGUAUGUGCAGAAGAAUAUCGACACUGUACAAAGACAGUUCUUCGAUGCGGAGGCGAAAGCAGAGGAACUUGCCUUCGCAGCGGCGAACUCGACAGCUAGCGAAGGGACUGGUUUGCCACUGACGGAGAUCCACGAAGAACUAGACGAGGAUGGAAACGUGAUCUCCAGCCAUCUCAGCCAACCCGAGCAAACGACUGCGGAUCUUGUCGCCUCGCUGCGAAAAGCCGGUUUGAAAGACGGCGACUUCGAGGGCAUCGCCUCCGCUGCUCAGCCGAAAACGGAGGAUUUGAAGCCCGCCAUCACCAAUCUCAGUCCUCUGAUUACAUCUCAUCCUAUUCACGUGGAGAAGCGCACAAACUCCGACACUCCUAUGUCACGCACGAGCAGCAGCGGUGCUGAGGAUCUGGAGCGGCCUUCAUCCCGCAAGAAAUCGGUCUCGUUCACCGCCGAUACCAAGCCGCCCGAGGAGCGACCAAGGACCCUCUCUCAAGAAGGCAGGAAAUCUGUUUCAUUCGCCGAAAAGGUCGCGGUCAUGCCCGCUGCACCUCCACCGGACAGCCGAUCUGUCUCCUUCUCGCCCAAUGUAGAAGAGAUCCCCCCUCAGCCCCUCGGACCACCGUCGCCAGAUGUGCGGCCAGGAAACACCCAAGACGCUUCGCAAACUUCUGGCGUCGCUUCAAAAGCAGUGGUCGAUGUUCCAAAUCAGAACGGGACAGACGAAGUUGCGGUGGACGACGCACCCGUGAUACCAACCACCGACUCCCCCGAAGAUGCUCGCCUCCGCCGAGAAAUGCUGGAAUACCACCUAAACGAAGUGGGCAACGUUGUCGCCCAAAUAGAUCUAGAUGAAGGCGACAUGGACAUGGAGGACGACGAAGACGACGGUAGCUCCUUCUUCACCUCCUCGGAGUACCGUGACGACGAUAACGAUAACAAUGACGAAGACACCCCCUACACCACUGGACACUCCGAAUCCGAAGAAAGCGAAGACGAAUUCGGCCGCUUGAAAGGAGGCGUUAUUACACCAGAGUACCGGGAACAAAUGGAAGCGCUGCAACGUAGACUGAUUGGCAAUCUCGGCCCCGAACCCAAAGACGAAGAGAUGGCUAGCGCCGCCAGCUCUGCACCCGACCCCAAGGACGUGCGAAGGCUGGUUAUUCGCGACAAGCGCCACUCGACUUCCAGCGCCAGUUCAGACAACAGUGAAAAGAAAGGUGCCGGGAAGAAGCGCGUGAGCUUCGCAGACGCGCUGGACGUGGCGGAAGCCCCAGGGUCGCCGCCUCUGAAAGCCCAGAAAGUGCUAGAAGGCGAGAACGUCGCGCCCGUGGCGAGCAGCGUGCUCGAGCGGACAACAGCAACAUCCCAUUCCCUUCCGCCAAACGCAAUGCCGGCAUCAAGCAUUCCAAAGAGCGCGCGCGCCGCGCCUAUCAUCGAUGACUCUCCCACUCAAGCCGGCUCAUCUGCUCUCGACGACGACGAUGACGAUCGUCCAUCCGGCCCACCAGGAAAGACGAUCGCCGACACAUUAACAGAGCGUACGCCAUCUUCGAGAACCGCAGUGGCCCCGGGAGCAGACGAGGGAGAUCCAAUCCUGGAGCGCCGCGAGCUGGCUACAGAGUACUACCGGCGCCGCAACGACUUCAUCCGGCAGCAAGGCGGCUUCAAAGCGACUUCUGACGAGAGCGAAGGGUUGGGCGAGCUGAUGGAGGAGCGGCCUGACGGGCAGGUGAAGAAGGUCAGUCGGUUCAAGGCUGCGAGGAUUCAGCCGCUGUAGGUAGGAGUCGCUGCGACGACUGGGUAGUAAGAAGAGCGCGCCGCUUUUGAUUCAUCACUUUUCCUUAUUCUCAAUGUCGGUGG